UUUUGAGAGAAGGGAUGGUAAUGCCUUGUGAAUCUGUUGGAAAGUCAAGUUUAAAACUGUACAUGCGUCUUUGUUUGUGUACGAAAGUAUGCAAUAUGGUGGAGAAACCUCAAAAGAUUCUGGCGAUCUUCAUCUUGUGGAGUUGUUUUCUGAUUGCUGGAAGCUAUCCUGUAAAGAGAGCAGUGAUAAAAUGUGUGGGUGGAAGAAAAACCUGUGAUGGUGACUUGAAGGAACAUUGCUGGGAUAGGGAUUAUAAUCAUGCUGUGGAGGGAUGUUUAAAGCCUAUAAUGUGUGAAAAAGGGACCUAUUCAUGGUAUAAAGGUUCCCCUCCAGAAAUUCAGCCAACCUGCCUUCCCUGUGAAGAGGGCAUGUUUAACGAUCUCGAGUGUUCCUCGGACAAACUCAGCUGUGUAGAUGCUUGUUGGCCAAUAUAUGAAUGUUCGGACAAGGGCCUCAUUCUUUAUAGAAAGGGAAACCGCACGCAUGAUUCUGUGUGCAAGUGCAAUCUUGAAAAAGGGUAUCAUGGUGGAAAAGCAAACUAUACAUGUCAGGUCAAUAAUUGUCACUGCCAACAAGGAAAUUGUCCUUCUGGGAAACAGCUGAAUGAAACAGGCAACUGUGUCCCCUGCCCCCCAGGUACCCAUAAACCCAUAGAAUCAUCCUACCCGUGUACACACAGGUUUCCUUACCUGACUAACAAGGCUGAGCCUAACACAAGAAGAACAAGCCAGACUGAGCCCACCACGACUCCAGAUAAUGAAACCAUGGGUAACAAUACCUGGACGUGGAUACCAGGGAUUAUCCUUUUCCUUGUAUUGGCAUUAGCAGGUGAGUAG